AUGGGCGUCGACGCCAUUGGCACCAGUGUAAUUGUGUGCUGGCUUGGACUGUUGGAAGUACAGAAAGGGAAAACAAUGCAGACCAUAUCUGAGGGCUACAUGAAAGAACAACUGAGUCUAUUCCGAAAGUUCCACCCCUUUGGAUGUGUUGCUAGACCGCUGAAGUACUUUGAUGGCUCUAUAAAUUACGCGGUCUGGGAGUGCGCUGUAGCCGGCAAACAACGAACGUUUUGGGAAGGAGGACUUUUCAAGAUGCCGUUGUAUCCUGAAAGGCGCGGAAGAACAUCCUAUAGGCCAGAAAAUGGGCUUCUCACAGGGGAAGACGGGGAUCAGAUGGCGAUGGGGCCGUCUGGGCCAAAUCAGCCGUAUGCAGAGCGACCUGAUAGGGAGGCUGAUAAGGACAUAGCCGAUGUCAGAGUUCCACAACGUAGACCUCGGAAACGAAAAGGUGCUCGCCCCACGCGUAGGCAACCAAAGCGCCGGGCAAAAACGUUGUCCAAAAAGUAUGGGUAA